UCAUGUUAUCAAAAAUCAACAUAAACACUUUAUAUAUUCUUCUUGGCUCGUAGAAUUUGGAAACUGUUCUUAGUUGAUUAACCCUUGGGCAAAAAGAAAGUUCUUGGAAAUUGCUUGGAAAACAACCAAUAACGGAUAUCAGUUUUGCAUUUAUUGACAUUUACCGCCGCUGAUAAAAUAUUGCGUUUUCACCGCUUGUUGUGUAUUUAUCAUCUGUGUCGAGAUCUCGGUUUCUCAAGAAUGCACAGGUCUUUGGAAAAAGUCCUUCUAUGCCUGCUGUUUUGCCUUAAUUUUGUAGAUGGGAGCAAACAACAUUACGAUGACUUGGAAAGACUCCAAAACGACUUAUUCGCAAACUACAGUACAAACAUCAUUCCACAAAAAGAGAAGACAACUGCAGUAAAAGUAAAGUUUGAUAUAGCUCUCAAUCAAAUCAUUGACUUGGAUGAAAGAUUGCAAACCAUGACUACCAUUGUGUGGGUGAGACUGUAUUGGAGCGACUUCAGAUUAAAGUGGAACAGCUCUACGUAUGGAGGAAUUAAGUCUUUUGUCACUUCUUCAAAGAAAGUCUGGCUUCCAGAUAUCACCCUGUACAACAACGCAAACGACAAUUACGACAAAGAAAAAGAGGAAUAUUAUGGUCUCACAAUAAAUUCCAAUGGUAACAUAGGCUGGUUCUAUCCGACAAUAUUUAAAAGUUCCUGCACUAUUGACGUCACUUAUUUUCCCUUUGAUGAUCAGAAAUGCAUCCUCAAGUUUGGCUCUUGGUCAUAUCACGGCCUGAGUUUGGACAUAUUCCACACUGGACCAGGUGACAUAGAGGCUUUCACAGAUAAUGGCGAAUGGGUUCUAGUCGCUAUGCCUGUAACCAAGUUCAUUACCAAAUAUCGGUGUUGCCCAGAGCCUUAUCCAUUCAUUACCUACAAUGUUGUAAUUCGUCGUCGAACUAUGUAUUACAUCCUGAAUUUCUUAACACCUUGCGUGCUCAUGUCAGCCUUAACAAUCUUGGGUUUUUUCCUUCCCGUGGAGUCUGGCGAGAGGAUGAAUGUGGGUGUGACGGUACUGCUGUCGCUAACUGUAAUACUUCUUUUGUUAGCCGAGGAGCUUCCAGCCACGUCGGAGGUAGUACCUCUUAUUUCACGUUACUACACUAUUACAAUGAUUAACGUUUUCAUCUCGAUUGUUUUCACGUGCGUUGUCCUCACGUUCCACCACCAUGCACCGACCCCUCUGCCAGCCUGGGUACGACUCUUUAUUUGUCAAUGGUGCGCAAACGCACUACGGGUGAAGAGAAACAGCAAUAUAAACGAAUCGUGCCUCCCGGCAAGAAGGUUCUUUAAAAAUCGCAGCAUGAGGAGACACUCACUUGGGGAGAGGCUUUACAGCGAGGAAAACGCAGAGAAUGCUACGACAAAUCCAUUUAGUGACGCAAACCAUUCACAGCCACCCGGGUCAGCAUCGACUACAUCAAUCCAACUAAAGAAACUCGACGAUAGAAAUCCAAAUUUGCGGAGGCGAACAAAUCAAGUUUCAAAAAAGUCUGAAGCUUUGGACGUUCUUGUACAAAGGACUAAGAAAGACGACGAGAAAGAAAGACAUGUCGAAGAAUGGCACUUUGCUGCCAAGGUACUUAAUAGAUUGUUCAUGUGGAUUGUUCUGUUCCUAGUUGUAUUCAACUGUCUCAGUGUUUUAUUUUCGGCUCCGAGUGAGAAUCUCAGCUAGACUCGAUUAAUAUUUGUUAAUAAGGGAAAGUUCGCAUUUAAAAGGGCUUAAAUGUUAACAGAGGGUUCGUAUGUAGUGAAUGGAUAUCUGGAGACCUCGAUCCCUACGCCGCGUAGUUCAAUUGUUCCAUUCCAUGCGCGCUUAGCAGCUCGCCAGGAGAAUUGAAUUUAGGAAUAAUAGCUGGUAUGACGUGUGGUAUGGUAGACGUAUGGAACUUGCUUCCCCAAUAAAAAAUGAUACGGAUUGUCCAGAAAUAUUAUAGAAUGAUUAUCUAUUCCUGGAUAAGGUGAUAAAAUAUCUAAAUAAGAUUAAAUGAGAAGAAACCGAGAAUCUAUUGAUAAAUUCUACAACAAUGACACGGAAGAAUAGUUUUAACAACCGAAUGAAACGCGGAAAGAGAAAAUAUGCCCCGCCAGAAAAUAGCAAUAUAAUUAAAAGGGAUGAGUCAUUCAUAAAUGACAGCUGCAUGAAAAUAAAACAUACAUAAAGUCACUCUUAAUGCCAGUUUUUUUAUUGUUCUGGCGGUACGCACUGAUGACCAACAGGCUACUGAGCAACAACACUCUCUUGGACCCUGCGGAAAUAUGAGCUUUCUUCCAUGAAGUAGUCCUUCCAAAAUGUUGCAUUGCAGGACAAACCAAAUGUAAUAAACAUGGAAUAAAACAAGUAAGGCUUUAAUAAUAUGGGUAAUAAAACGUUAUCACGGAUAACAAUUCAUGAUCAUUCUGAACUCCAGUAAAGAUAAUUAUACGGAGACGUGGUUGUUUCAACUUUGAUGUAAACCCCACAUUGUAAAAUAGUGUUUGAACAUUCAUUUUCCAAUGCAUGAUAAAAAAAAUAAACCAGCUUUGCUUGGGGCUUUAAAGUUAUAU